CCUUCUUUUACAUGUUGUUCUUAACCACAGCGUCUUGGUAUGUAGAGUUGUAUUUGUAGUGCGGGAAGGAACUGUGAAAUGCUGUCCAUGAUUCUCAGUUACUAAUUGAGACGUGACUGAAUCACUGCAGCAAACCAUUAUUUACUACCUAACAACCAGCGUGUUAUAAAUGGCGGCAGUAGCCAAGCGUACGUAUGGUCUUCGUGAACAUAGACCACCCGUUGGCUGGACAGCAGUUCGUAGAUCUGACCGUAUUUCGGUAGAAUGGCCGCUGCAGAGCUUGGUUAACUUGCCACGGAAGGCGUCACUAUCUUGCCUUGCAUCAAGCCCUAAACUGAACGCGGAGCCGGAUUCUCGACCAUCAUCUAGGCAGCCUGCAAAAUUAUGGGGCAAAACAGGCUCGAAGCUUCUUCAGCCUUCGCCGUCGUCCUCAUCCCAUUCCUCGCGGACACCCAACGGCAAUGCCGGCGGGGAAGAUGAGGGUGAGGAGUCCACUUGGGGUGUUUUCAACGCUUCUCGCUACACGGGCAGCUGGCAGGUGCCAUGGGGACCUGGCCGAGUUGCGGGCGGCCUUGCGUUGUGGUUUGGCAGCUUCAUCGGCGUGGGCUUUGUCUUGGUGCCGCAGCUAUACCGCAUGGCGGGUGUCUCCCUCUACGACCUAUCACCUGAGGACAAGGCAACCUUCACGCUCGUGUGCCAGGCGGUGGAGACCGUCGUCAGCCUCGCCCUCGUUCGCCUGAUCACCGUGGGACCCAUCACGGAAGCCGCAGCCUCCUCCUCCUCCUCCUCUCUCUCGCCAUCGUCUUCUUCUCGACCUCCUCCGCUUUCGCCCGCAAAUGGGUUGGACUUCUUCGUGUAUGACCCCCGGCGGCCCUUUUCUCGGCCACGCGGGUGGGGCUUCUGGGCGCUGUUGGGUGUCGUCGCGUCCCCCGCGGUAGUGGGCAGCGUCGCGGCGUUGCUGUCAGUGGUGGGGUACGAGCAGGCCGUGGGGGGUCAGGGCACAGUGGAUGGAGUGGCGGGCAUGAUUGACCUGGACCUACCUACCUACCUGUCGCUGCUGGCGGUUACGGGAGUCAUGGCGCCGCUGCUGGAGGAGACAGUGUUCCGGGGCUUCCUCCUCACCUCCCUGACCCGCUUUAUGCCCACAUGGGCGGCUGUGGCCGCAUCCUCCGUGUCAUUUGGCCUGGCUCACCUGUCCGCACGCGACCUGCCCGUGCUGUGCGCGCUGGGCCUGCUGCUCGGCUGGUCGUACGUGCGGUCACGCAACCUGCUGACGCCCAUUGUCAUCCACGGCGCCUGGAACUCCGCUGUCCUGACCUUGCUGUUCUGGCUGGCAGCGGAGGGGGUGGAUGUGCAGCAGCUCAUCUCGGAUCUCCGAGACGCCAGCGGCUGA